AUGAACCAAUACGGAUCCGUGAGUCAAGUGAACCAGUAUCCUACCUACUCAUAUGAUCAUUACUACCUACGGUAUCCCUACAUUGCAUUUCAGAGCUCCUCCCAACCUUCUUCAAGUUCAAAAUCAAGUGAAAUUUUACUCCCUAGAGGACCACCCAAAAAGCCAUGGCAAUCGGGACAUGCCCUAUGGGUGGGAAAUUUGCCAUAUAAUACCCAACUCAUGGAGCUUUGUAAGCUUUUUGGAACGAAUGAUAUCUUGAGUGUAUUUCUGAUUGGAAAAACAAAAUGCGCUUUUGUCAAUUAUAAAACAUCAAAAGCUGCAGAAGAAGGAAACUCCGUUUUCAAAAAAAGGGGUGGAAAAUUGAGAGGUAACACCUUACUUGUCAAAAUCAAAGAUUCUCCAGAUGAAAUACACCGUAUCACCUCGUCUUUGGAACCGUCCUCUAUCAACGCAUCUCAAUUAGACCAAAUAUCACAAAGGCAUGUACUUGAGACUAAACUAGGUCAACCGAAAGACAGGUUUUUCAUUUGUAAGAGCCUGACAGAGGAAGAUUUGCGAGCUUCAUUGCGUCUAGGGAUUUGGUCGACUCAGUCACAUAACGAAGAGGCAUUUAACAACGCCUUCAGGUGUUGUGACAAUGUAUAUAUAUUUUUCUCUGCAAACAGAGCAAGAAGCUUUUUUGGCUAUGCAAGAAUGGAAAGUGAGAUUCCACAUAAUCACAACUCCAAUUUGGCCUUAGGUUCGAUUUCAGAUCCUUCUUGGGGCCCCGUAUCUCAUCCUAAUACCAUUGAGACCCAACCAGAUCCUCGAAUUCCAUUACCCGCUGGUAGAAUUGUUGAUGACUCUUCCAGGGGAUGUCUCUUUUGGGAAGCAACAGAUAAUAACCAACAAGCCUACGGAGGUUAUUCCGGCAGUAAUUGGACGCUUCCCUUUAGGGUCCGGCUCCUUUCGCCGUUGGGUAAGAUCUUGCCUUUUGAAAGAACAAGUCACCUCUUCAACUCUUGUAAUGAAGGAAAGCCGGUCAAAAUAGCUCGAGAUGGUACCGAGGUAAGCUAUGAAGUCGGGAAAAGACUUGUUCAACUGUUUGACGAAUGA